AUGGAUCUAAAUUUGUUGAGACGACGAUCGCUGUUUUCUUCAAAGUCAUCUCGGUCCUCUUCCAGGAGUUCAGGAUUCGACGCCAUGCGGUUCACCAAGAGCCUGGCUACUUUCCUCAUGGCUCUCCCUAUUCUCAUCAUGCUCACCAUGAUCCUCAGACACCAGCCCCCCGAUCGUUUGACGGGAUUCGCUGACGCUAGACCCUUCUCCACCAAUGUUACUACGCCCCCACUACUAGAAGUUGAUGUCUCUCAAUCUACUGACAUGGCUAAAGACAAACUACUUGGUGGGCUUCUUGCUUCUGGGUUUGAUGAACAUUCUUGUUUAAGUAGGUACGAAUCGAUUUUGUAUCGCAAAGUUUCACCUUACCAGCCUUCUGCAUACCUUGUUUCUAAGCUUAGAAAUUAUGAAGAUCUUCAUAAACGUUGUGGACCCAACACUCAACCCUACAAUAAAACAGUGGAACAACUCAAGUCUGGUGGUAGUGUUGGUUCUACGGAUUGUAAAUAUGUUGUCUGGGUAUGUUAUAGUGGCUUGGGGAACAGGAUUUUGACUCUGGCUUCAGUAUUUCUUUAUGCUCUUUUAACAGAGAGAGUCCUGCUUGUUGACCGAGGGAAGGACAUGGCUGAUUUAUUCUGCGAGCCAUUUCCUGAGAAAUCAUGGUUCUUGCCCCCGGAUUUCCCUAUCACUAAUAAGUUUAACAGCUUUGGUCCCAAGUCUCCUGAAUCCUAUGGGAACAUGCUUAAGAAUAACCUUAUAAAAGCUUCAAUGGAAUCAGAGCCAUCGUAUCUGUAUCUCCAUCUGGCUCAUGAUUAUGAUGACCAUGACAAGCUCUUUUUCUGUGAUGAUGAUCAAGCUCUUCUCAAAAAGGUGCCUUGGUUGAUUGUGAGAACAGACAACUACUUUGUCCCCUCUCUUUUCUUGAUGCCAUCGUUUGAGCAUGCACUAUGCAUGCUGUUUCCCGAGAAGGAAACCAUAUUUCACCACUUGGGUCGGUAUCUUUUUCACCCAUCAAAUCAUGUGUGGGGAUUAAUCACAAGGUACUAUAAAGCAUACUUGUCCAAGGCAGAUGAGAGGGUUGGAAUCCAAGUAAGAAUUUUUGAUAAAGGACCCGGUCCAUACCAAUAUGUGAAGAAUCAAAUUUCAGCCUGUACCCUUGGAGAGAAGCUGUUGCCUGAAGUAGAUAUUAAAGGAUCAAUUAAUGUCACUCCAUCAGAGAACUCAAAGGUGAAAGCUGUUUUGAUGACUUCUUUGGUUUCUGGGUACUUUGAGAACGUGAGAAACAUGUAUUGGGAACACCCUACAGUGAAUGGUGACAUAAUUGGGGUUUACCAGCCAAGUCAUGAAGAGCAGCAGCAGACUGAAAAGCGAUUGCACAACAUGAAGGCAUGGGCAGAAAUGUAUCUGCUUAGUUUGACUGAUGUGCUAGUCACAAGUGCCUGGUCCACAUUUGGCUAUGUAGCUCAGGGUCUUGGAGGUUUAAAGCCAUGGAUCCUUUACAAGUCUGAAAACCAGACAACCCCUAAUCCACCCUGUCAGCGUGCCGUGUCAAUGGAGCCUUGUUUCCAUGCUCCUCCCUUUUAUGACUGCAAAGCUAAGAAAGGAAUUGAUACAGGUAAAGUUGUUCCACAUGUGAGACAUUGUGAAGACAUUAGCUGGGGUCUUAAGGUAGUAGAUAGCCAUGCUGAGUUAUAGCUGCUUCAGGGAUUUUAGUUUUACCAAUUUUGCCUAGAAAAUUUGGUAGAAAUACAAUUGUUUUGAUUUUGACUGUGCUAUACCGCUGUAGACACCCAAUUGG